GGAGCCGCCCAGCGCGCUGACGUCAGACGGCGGUCACGUGCCGGGGUGCCCCUCAUUGCUGAUUGGGGAGACCCCUCUCCCGCGCAGCGUGAACAGCCGCGCAUGCGCAGCGCCGCCUUCUCUGCCGACCGUUAGCCGUGUCUCCGCUAAAACACAGGAACUAUGGAUGACAACCUUGAUUUCACCACUGGCGAUGCUGGAGCAUCUUCCACGUUUCCUAUGCAGUGCUCCGCUCUGCGAAAGAAUGGAUACGUGGUUCUGAGAGGGCGUCCCUGCAGGAUUGUUGAAAUGUCAACAUCCAAGACUGGCAAGCAUGGGCACGCUAAGGUUCACAUGGUUGGCCUUGAUAUAUUCAAUUCAAGGAAGUAUGAAGAUGUCUGCCCCUCUACCCAUAAUGUGGAUGUUCCCACUGUUAAGAGAAAUGAUUAUCAGUUGAUUGGAAUUACAGAUGGCUACCUCUCUCUGAUGACGGAUAAUGGUGAGGUGCGUGAGGAUCUUAAGGUGGCGGAAGGUGAUUUGGGAAAGGAAAUACAAAAUAGAUACGAAGCCGGAGAUGAUGUAAUGAUCACUGUUCAGCACGCCAUGAACCUUGAGGCUGCCGUUGCCGUCAAGCUCAUGGCCAAACAGUAAACUGGCAUCGGGAAGCCAGUACUGACCACUCAGGCCAAAAUCUUGGAUCUAAAUUGGAUUAAUUAUUGCCAAAGCAAUGGCCUUCACAACACGACCUAAUUUACUUCAAAUUAUUUUGCAGACUGUGCCAGGCAGAUCUGCCCUAUCAGCUCUCCCCCCUGUCGUCUCUGCGGGCUGAUUGGCAUUGUACUAAAUCACGGCUGUUGGUGCUCCCAAAUAAAAGCUUGAUGUAAAGUU